GUGGCGAAAGGGAUAAACAAAAAGGAAGGAAGCCUUCGGCCAUACAGUCGCGGCAAAAUUGGUUUAAAAAUUACAGUCUGCGUGCCACAGUUGUCGACUACAUGUGCCCAGUUUGUUUGAGUAAUUGUUAGCAGGCGUUCGAAACCAUGGACGACUCCAUAAUAUUUCGAAUGAGUGCAUUUUCGGAGCAAGGCGGGAGGAAAUACAUGGAGGAUGUUGUCGAGAUAAGGAUCGAGUAUGAGCCGACGCCGCCGCCGCCAGUGGAGGAGUACCCUAAGUCUCAGAGACACGGAGGACAGGAACACUCCGAGGUUGAACCCACAAAACAGACUGAAACCAUAGGCUGUCACAGUGAUGGCGAGCCUGCCCCAGUUUCUGCGAUGUGGGUUGAGUCCCUCUCGAACGAGGAGAGCAGCGGCAACGCACCCGGCGACCAACUGGCCGAGCAUGUUGUCGACACUCGGAAAUCUGUGGCAUUCUUUGCUGUGUUUGACGGUCAUGGGGGUCGUGAAGCGGCUCAUUUCGCUCGAGAGAACCUAUGGGAUCUGCUGAAGAGGCAGCGUGGCUUCUGGUCAAAGGAUCACAGCGAAGUAUGUGCUGCUCUUCGGAAAGGCUUCAUCGCCUGUCACCAUGCGAUGUGGAAGCAACUACCGGAGUGGCCGAAGACAAUUACCGGUCUGCCCAGUACAUCUGGAACCACAGCCAGUGUGAUUGUGAUCCGUGGGGCACACAUGUAUGUUGCCCAUGUUGGAGACUCGGCAGUCGUUGUUGGAGUCAAAGAAAAUGAGUCGGACAUCAAUCUCCAAGCUCUGGAAGUCACGCAAGACCACAAACCAGAGCUCCCGAAAGAGAAAGAGAGGAUUGAGCGCCUAGGCGGAAGCGUCAUGAAGAAAUCAGGUGUGAACCGUGUCGUGUGGAAGCGGCCCCGAUUAACCCACAAUGGUCCUGUCAGGAGGAGUACAGUUAUCGACCAGAUUCCAUUCUUAGCAGUUGCACGAUCACUUGGUGAUCUGUGGAGCUAUGAUUUCUACAGUGGCGAAUUUGUGGUGUCGCCAGAGCCAGAUACCACUGUGAUGACCCUUGACCCUAAAAGGCACCGCUACAUAAUUCUUGGCAGUGACGGGUUGUGGAAUAUGAUGCCACCCAACAAUGCUGUGAAUAUGUGUUAUAGCCACGACAAAAUGGUGGGACCAAAAGGAAUGUCUUGUGCCCGUCGCCUCGGAUGCACAGCACUGCUGUUUUGGAAGGAACGCAUGCUUCGUGCAGACAACACGACAGUCAUCGUCCUGGCCCUGCAGGACCGCGGCGGUCCUCCCGUUCCCAUGCAUCGAGACGAGAUCGUCGUGGAUAUGGCGACCGGAAUCAACCACGUGCCCUUCCCUGGAACUAUGUAUAACACAUGCGAGGUACCUAAGACGGAGCAUGUGGAUGCCAUGUUUUUUGAAGAAGAUGAGAUGUGUGACGAACCCGAGCGGUGGACAUGCCUGGAGUGGUAGUCAGGUGGGGAAACUCUGACUGCUGCGUUUCCAUCCCGAAACACUAUUGGAACUCAGGAUUGGGCGUUGCAGGAGGCAGCUCUCUGUGCCGACUCAAACCCUCUCUCGAGACUACCCUGCCUCCUUUUGACGCUUUGUUGAUUGUGUUUAAGAGAGAACACAAGGGAACAACUUCUGGUCUGCUUUUUUGAUGCCCUCCUGCCACUCUCAACACCAAUGGUGGGUGACCGUCUUGUGAACUCUAUGAAAAACACUGAUCAUGCAAGGGAGAGGUCCCUGCCGAUGAAAUGAAACAGCUAAAAGCUCCUCAACACAGCACCAUUGCGAUGCCUUGCGUGUGUCUGAGUGCGCCUGCGAGUAAUGCAUGCGCUGAAUGUCGUCUGUCCAGAACACACUGAGGAAUAACAAUCUGCCGACCAGGUGUGCCGCAGGCUUCAUGUACACUUUUGUAUAAAGAUUUUUGUGAAUAUUUGAGGAUGGUAAAUGUCUCUGCGUUCCCCUCUGUUCUGAAAUCAUAGCGUCAGAAGAAUAUUUUGGAUUUGUUCUAUGUACAAUCUAUUUUCCUAUUUAUGCACAAUAUAGAGGUAUUUUGAAGAAAAAGUUAUACAAGAAUAUAAUUUAACAGGUGUUAUAUUUGCUGUAAAAACAGAAAUGUUUUAACACAUUUUCCAUUGGGAUUUUGUGAUUUGUAAUUAUUUCUUUAAUUCUCCAGACCAACAUCUGCGACAAGGUUUUUGUUAUUCUGUCUACAAAUAAUUGCGCUACAAGAAGGAUUUGACAUUGUGGCACACACCACAGUGUUUCGUCCUUCUCACUGUAAUAAUUCAGAAUUUGUUUUUAUCCUUUGAGAUGAAUGAGAACUACGAUUAUUUUUUAUUUUUUUUGUCGUUGUUUUUAGGCCUAAUCAACUGAACAAUGUGAGCCCAGUUGCAUCAUCAGGAAGGUGAUCGCUACAUGAUGAAUUGAAAUAUUUCCUUCGAUCUGAAGAUGAAGUUAAUUUUAUUCAUUACGACCUAGAACUCUCGAUCGAGUGAGCUGAGUUUACAUAACUGUUCUUACUGCACAUAUAUAUUUCUUCUACGGUCUGUUGUUUUUUUAAAAAGUCAUUUUUUAUUUAUUAAUUUUUUAUAUCAAUAUCGUCUACAACAUUUUCUACACAUAAACUUUUUAGGUUUAUUAACCAACAUGCUUAUUCCGAAUUACUUCUCGAAGUACAGAUCAUUCCUUUAAUUUAUUUACGAUCACAUUUCAGAUGAUGGAAUACAUGUUGGAUUGUGACUUGUUGUGUGCAAACGGAGUGCUUUAAAGCUUUUAAGCCAGUGUCUUCCAUGUUAUGUUGUGUUUUUCGGUACGGAUUUCAUCAUUGUGUUUUAAUCCCAUAUUUUACAGAACUGCCUGGUAUAGAUUAAAACAUAAAGAUGUCAGUCUAUGUAAAAUGGCAGCUCAGUUACUAUUUGCCUUCUUUAUAAGCCUGUCCGUCAUGGUUGCCUUGACAUGAAUGUGAGUUGUUUUUUUUUUCAUUUUUGGGUUUCAUAUUGAUGUUUAGUCUGCUCAUGUUCCACCUUUUGUUCAGUUUCAUCAAUAUGCAAUAGAACUUUGUACAGAACAUUUAUUAUGCAAAGUGAUUAUUCAGGUGUCUGGCAUGUUCGGUCUGUCUGUUGUGAAGCUACUGGGUGUUCAUGGGCAUGUGGUGUGUGCUUUCACAAAUACGUUCCGUGUCCAUUUCUCAGGACUAAACUGUUACAUUUUGUGCUUUGAAAGUGACUGGAUAUACAGUGUU